ACGCCGGGGCGGGCUUCGCGCCGGGGCGGGGGGCGUGGUCUCGGCCGCGUCGCCGCGCGGCGUGCGGAAUCUGCGGCGGCCGUUGGCCGUUGGCGCGGCUUGGGCGGUUGUCUUGGAGAAGCAAGAUGGCGGCGGCGGCGGCCGCGGUGGUGCCGGAGGAGGACACGGAGCUGCGAGACCUGCUGGUGCAGACUCUGGAGAACAGCGGGGUCCUGAACCGCAUCAAGGCUGAACUCCGAGCAGCUGUGUUUUUAGCACUAGAAGAGCAAGAAAAAGUAGAGAACAAAACUCCUCUAGUCAAUGAGAGCCUGAGAAAGUUUUUAAAUACGAAAGAUGGCCGGCUGGUGGCUAGUCUUGUUGCAGAGUUCCUCCAGUUUUUCAAUCUUGACUUCACUUUGGCCGUUUUUCAGCCUGAAACCAGCACAUUUCAAGGUCUUGAAGGUCGAGAGAAUUUAGCCCGAGAUCUAGGUAUUAUUGAAGCAGAAGGUACUGUGGGUGGACCUUUAUUAUUAGAAGUGAUCAGACGUUGUCAACAGAAAGAAAAAGGGCCAACCAAUGGGGAGGGUGCACUAGAUCUAUCUGAUGUACAUUCUCCACCAAAGUCACCAGAAGGCAAAGCAAGUGCUCACAGCAGUCCCAGUAAGAUACCGAGGUAUAAAGGACAAGGUAAGAAGAAGACAAGCGGGCGGAAGCCUGGCGCCAAGAAGGCCAGUAAUGAUGCUAGUCACAGUGACACGAGUGUCUCCUCGUCAGAACCAAAGAGCAAAAGCGGUCUCCAUUUGCUGGCCCACGAAACAAAAAUUGGAUCUUUCUUAAGUAACAAAAGUCUAGAUGUCAAAGACAAAGCUGGUCUUUGUCCAGAUGAAGAUGAUAUGGGAGGGGAUUCUUUCUUUGAUGAUCCCAUUCCUAAACCAGAAAAAACUUACGGUUGGAGAAGUGAACCUGGUAAGCAAGCAGGAAGCCUUGCAUCACUCUCUGACGCGCCCCCCUUGAAAAGUGGACUCAGCUCCCUUACCGGAGCCCCCUCAUUGAAAGACUCUGAAAGUAAAAGAGGAAACACAGUUUUGAAAGAUCUGAAACUGGUCAAUGAUAAAAUUGGAUCACUUGGAUUAGGGACUGGAGAAGAAGAUGACUACAUUGAUGAUUUUAAUAGUACCAGCCAUCGCUCAGAGAAAAGUGAGCUGAGUAUUGGUGAAGAGAUCGAAGAAGAUCUUUCUGUGGACAUCGAUGACCUCAAUACCAGUGAUAAACUUGAUGACCUGACACAGGACCUGACUGUGUCCCAGCUCAGUGAUGUUGCGGAUUAUCUGGAAGAUGUUGCAUAGACGUGAAAGAAGGAAGUAUUCUAAUCAACAAAGGACAAAGGACUCUGAUCAGUUCCAUUUUUUGUUUUUUUCCCCAAUCACUCUUUGCUGGAAUGUCUGCUCCCUGUUGGUGCCUUGUGUUUCAAAAAGACUGCAGAUAUUUUUAAAAAUUUAAGUUUUCAUUAUACUAAACAAAAGCUUCCUACUUGAGCCCGUGUGUGGAAGAUACAAUAUUCUUAGUUUGGUUUGGCUACACAUUUCUCUGUGGAAGUUGAUUAUCUACAACUCAAAUUCAUUACAAGGAGUGAACCCAUGAAAAUAUGAGUAUUAAGAGCUGACUGAAAGGUGUCAAUAAAGCUGUAGGUUCACACAACUCUGUGUGUGUGGCUUUAACCGUCCAGAAUCCAAGCGCAUUUGGUAUUAGGCGGUUGUGCAGAGAGUUGGCAAAGUGGCCUGAAGCUUAUUACCGAAAGAUUUGAUAUGUCAGCUUUAUUUUGUAUUUCCUUCCAUGUGGAAGGGUUGUUAGGCCAGUAAGCUUUUAUUAAAUACUCCUGUGUGUGCUAGUAUUGCUUGUUUUGAAGAAAUCUGGAGGUCGUUUUGACUUCUAAUCCACGAAUUGUCGCUGACAGCAGUCGUCGUUGCCUCCCCGUCCUUAGGAGAAGCUGUUGGUCACAGGCUCUCGUCUUUAUUGUUGUAAUUUAUUGUGUGUAAAGAUGCCUGGAAACAUACUUGAUACCAGAAUGCAUCUGAAACCACCAAGCAGUGCUUUUAUUUCCAGUCUGUAAAUUGAUUGUAUUAAAAUCCAAAUUGGACUGUCACAGUAGUAGUGGCCUCAGACCACAUGCGGAGUGCUGGGCUUUGCGUCCCGUCCGGAUGGAGCCGGUGCUGGGCCCCGGGCAGCCUCGCUCCCUCUGCCCGCGCCGUGCUGCUGUCCCGGGGGCGGGGGAGGGGGGUCGCUGGCCUGCACUGCUGGGGGUGCCGCGUGUGUGUUCCCAGGACUGUAAGUGAAGCUGUGAGCGUGUGCUACAUUUUGUACUUUUUUAUUUGAAUUAAAUUAUGUUUUUUUAUUAAAAGUCACCUUUAUUAAUAAAGAGUAAGCUAGACCUA